CGCCGACGCCCCUCCCCGUUCAGCCCCCCUCCACUCGCUCCGGAGAUCGGCCAUGUUGCCUCUCGCGCUUGUUCCGGUAUCAGGCACGAGCGUUUGAACAGCUCGGCCGCAGUACGACACCGAUCCGCCUCCAGUGAAGCCCAUUUCUCCACAGCCCCGAAGCAAUCAUGGAUUUUACUACCUGACUGGAUGUUUCUCUUUGGAUACGAGCCCUCAGACGACUCCUUUCAUUCAAGAGCCUUUGGUCACCGGGAUUCCGUGAGUGGCGGAAAACGGUUUCGUGGAUCAUGAGGGUUUUUCGGGAUUUUUAAAUCCAUUUUACGUCUCCUUCAUUCUCAGCACUCACGAUUGAUUUUCUCUAACGUUAUAUCCGCAUUCAGUCCAGCGCCGUUUGUUUCGUUAUCUCAAACUGACGGUUGAGGUAUUUUUUCACCUUUUGUUGAUACUAAUUGUUUUGAAGGUCGGUAAAAUUGUGAUUUUUGGUUGGCCUAACAAUUCAUAUCGCUCGCAGAGAGAUACUUUUCCUUUUCGUGUCCUCGUUCUCUGUCAUUUUUAAGACCUGGGAGGAAAUGAAUUGUUUUAAACUCUCGCUUAUUUCUUUGGUAAACAAAUAUAACUGUAAGUCAGCUGCAUGUUAGUCUCUCCAAGAAGACCUUCAUAAAUAAUCAUCAAGGACCUGCUGUUUAUUUUUCAACUGGAAACUUAAAUACAAGUUUUUUUUUUCUCCACAUAUGGACUGAUGUUGGGCUUCAACUUGUUGAUCUCUGUCUGCGUGGCUAGUUCAAGCUAGCUAGCAACACUUAUUACUUCUGUCAGAACAGACGAAUAGCCUGUAAAGGCAAGCUUAUAAAUGCUUGUCAACCACUGAAAACGUUUUUAUAUUUAUUUUCCUCCCCGUGGCCUUGAUUUUGAGAAUACCUGGGCGAAAAUGACAACCCGAGGAGGAGUUGGUGUUAUAGAAAAUUCAUCCAGCCAGACUCACUCUGAUGCCAAAGGAGGAGUGCGUUCAAGUGUCUCACGUGUUCGGAAUGUGGUGCCGACGGCGGAUGAAAACCCCCAUAUAGGAAAUUACCGACUGCUGAAGACCAUCGGCAAGGGCAACUUUGCCAAGGUUAAACUGGCCCGACAUGUCCUCACUUCUAAAGAGGUAGCUGUGAAAAUCAUUGACAAGACCCAGCUCAACUCUUCUAGUCUUCAAAAACUCUUCCGAGAAGUGAGAAUUAUGAAGAUGUUGAAUCACCCGAACAUCGUGAAGUUAUUUGAGGUGAUCGAGACAGACAAGACGCUGUAUUUAGUCAUGGAAUAUGCCAGUGGAGGCGAGGUUUUUGAUUACCUUGUUGCUCACGGGAGGAUGAAAGAAAAGGAAGCUCGUGCCAAAUUUAGACAGAUUGUCUCAGCUGUGCAGUAUUGCCAUCAGAAAUGUAUUGUACACCGAGAUCUCAAGGCUGAGAAUCUUUUACUGGAUGCUGACAUGAACAUAAAGAUCGCAGACUUUGGCUUCAGUAAUGAGUUUACGGUUGGCAACAAAUUGGACACGUUUUGCGGGAGCCCACCGUAUGCCGCUCCUGAACUCUUCCAGGGCAAAAAGUAUGACGGGCCGGAGGUGGACGUGUGGAGUCUCGGGGUCAUACUCUACACGCUGGUCAGUGGCUCACUGCCUUUUGAUGGACAGAACCUGAAGGAGUUGCGAGAGCGUGUGUUAAGAGGGAAGUAUAGGAUUCCUUUCUAUAUGUCUACAGACUGUGAGAACCUGCUGAAGAAGUUUCUCAUCCUCAAUCCAACCAAGAGGGGAAGUUUGGAGCAGCAGAUCAUGAGGGAUCGCUGGAUGAAUGUAGGUUAUGAAGACGAUGAGUUGAAGCCCUUCAUUGACCCUCAGCCUGACUACAAAGACCCCAGAAGAACAGACAUAAUGCUUCAGAUGGGUUUCCCUCAAGAGGAAAUAGAGGACUCUCUCGUCAAACAAAAAUACAAUGAAGUCAUGGCAACCUAUCUGCUGCUUGACUAUAAGAAUUCAGAGCUUGACGAGGGCGUCAUCUUGUCAUUAAAGUCGCGCCCAGGAAGUGACCUCACUAAUAGCAACGCCCCUUCUCCACCUCAUAAGGUACAGCGCAGCGUGUCAUCCACUCAGAAACCCGUCAGAAAAACCACAGAUCAGGGUUCAUACUCGAAAAGGCCUCAGGGAGAAAACAAGCACGGAGUGGAGGAUUCUGGGAGGAAAGGUUCAAGUAGCUCCACCAAAGUUCCACCCAGUCCAGUGAUCUCCAGUGAACGCAAAAAGAGUUCUACACCCUCUACUAAUAGUGUCUUGUCCACGGGCACAAGCCGCAGCAGAAACUCCCCAAUUUCUGACAGAGCCACUCUGGGAGUACAAAACGGCAAGGACAGCCUGAGCACCCCCGGGUCCCGCGCCUCCACGGCUUCGGCCGGCGCCGUGCUCUCCUCAUCAGUCUCUUCCUCACGCAUCCGCCAUCACAAGUCACUCUCCACCUCUGCCCAUCCCUGUCCCACAGACCUGCACUCACACCGGCCCAGUGAUCCCCCACAGAGAGCACCUGGCGCUUCCCCAUCAGCACACAAUAUCAGCAGCGCAGCUGGGACGGACCGUACCAAUUUCCCCAGAGGGGUGCCCACCCGCAACACCUUCCACCUCGGCCAGCAGAGGGGCGCACGGGACCAACAGGGUUCGCCGUACCACGGAGCCCCCGCUUCCCCCUCCCUCUCCCAUGGCAACAGCCAACAACGACGACCCGGUGCUUCCGGGAUCUUCAGCAAGUUCACCUCCAAGUUUGUGCGCAGAAAUCUGUCAUUCAGAUUCCCCAGAAGGAGCCCCUAUGAGGGAGAGGGUCGAGAGGAGGGAAGCAGAUCUAUGCUCAGCAGCGCAGAGAAGUCGGAGAAGACGAGCGUAGGGCCGGAAGACGACAACAAAGACACGUCCCCGGGCGACGGGACUCCUCCGACAGCGCCCGUGUCCUCGCUUAAAGACCAGACGAAGCCUCGCUCGCUGCGCUUCACCUGGAGCAUGAAGACCACGUCUUCCAUGGAGCCCGGCGAGAUGAUGAAGGAGAUUCGGAAGGUUCUCGACGCCAACAGCUGCGAGUACGAGCUACGCGAGUGCUACAUGCUGCUGUGCAUGGCCGGCAAUCCCGCCCGUGACGACUUCGUGCAGUGGGAGAUGGAGGUGUGCAAGCUGCCCCGCCUCUCGCUCAACGGCGUACGCUUCAAGAGGAUAUCCGGGACGUCCAUCGCCUUCAAAAACAUCGCCUCCAAAAUCGCCAACGAGCUGAAACUGUGAGAGGAGAGAUGAGAAAGUAGCAUUUUAAAGUCUCUAUGAAAGAGAAUAUACUGCUCAAACACAAUCUGCUCGUAUGGGUAGGUACAGAGAGAGAUAUAAGAUCAGAUUCAUACAAACGGGGGUAAAAAUUGCACACUGGCCCUUCAAUCCUGCACAGAAUGGGGAUUCAGGUUUAGAAGGGUAAACUCUGCAGGUUCUUGUUCUGAAAAUGUUCAAUUCAGUGAGCCGACGGGUCUCGACACGGCAAUUCAUUUCAGUCUCUCGCACACAAACGCACCUGUUGCCUAUUGAAACUGACAGAGCAUAAAACAAACGCCAAACUUGAAAGAGGGGUGGCCAUUUACUUCAGAAUCACAGGUGGAGGUGGACAAUUAUGUUUGUGCCCCCUUCAGAGAGAAACACACACUCUUAUCUGUGUUUAUUUCUUCCUCUUAAUCUAUCAACAGGGUUACGCCUCACCGUUGUUCAGUAAGGGCCAGCACACUUGAUCAAUACUGACAGGACUAAAUUGUGGUUACGGUGAUUUUAUUUCUUAAUCGGCUGGGUUUAGAUUUGCUGCACUGGAAUGGGUGAAUUUCUGUUGCCUUUUUAUUUUCUUAAAGAAAUUAAAUGUGUUUCAUUGUUGUAUUUACCAAUGAUUAUGUUUUAAUAUUAUUCCUAGGAAAAACAAAUUCUUUUUCUUUUAUUUGUGGUCUCGUGUUCUUGAUCGUUCUAUGCCUUUGUAUAAAGAAUGUCUGAAAAAAGCACCACAUGACUCCCACUGAACCUUUCACACUCUUGCCCCACUUUGUCGCUAAGGAUUAUGGGGCUGCAAAUACUCUCCUCAUGCCUAAAAAUGCUUAAAAAAGUCACUGGAAAAGACAUUAAAGGACAAAAUCCACUCAACUAAUCAUUCCCACGCCAUUUUCGUGACUAAGGAACUGAUGUCGAGCUGCUCUUCUCUGCAUCCACGACCUUUCAUGGUUCAAGCCAAGAACUUUCCACCUCCGUCUCGUCUGUAGGUGGCUUUUUGGCGUUACUCAUUUGAUGGUACACUCGUGUUGUGAUUGAAUGUGUAUGUGUGUGUGAGAGAGAAUGACGAUGACGAUGGAGUGUCAUAUCUGAAUAACCAAAAGGCUUGCAUUGUUUCAUAUUCAAUGCAGAGACUAUUAAUACGUAGCCUUGAGACCACAAGUACCUGCCAUGGAGAGUCAAAUAUUGGUGUUCUGUUAAUUCCAAUAUUUUGUUGGCAUUAUCAUUUUCACUAUUGAAAUCAGUUCAGAUGUCAUUAUCGCACAAGCAGAUCAGUCAUUAGAGCAGACAGGAACCAACCUGCAGAUGUGUCUGCGUAAAAAAAAAAAAAGGUACACUGACAACCAACUAGAUAGCCACAGUGUGUUUCCAUCCAUUUCUGCUGAGCUGUACAUGCUUGCAUGCAUCCUCUAGUUGACAUGGGGUGCACCGUCACUUCUUGUUGUGUAAAGAGGAGGGGGGUGGGGGGGGUGGGAUCAGAUCUCCUUGUAAAGUCUUGUCACCAGUUCAGGGGACAACUGUGCACAUGUGUGUUUUUUAUCUUCAUAGAAAAUAAUGAUUUUCUUUUUUCUUUUUUGUCAUGUACUUUGCUGUUCUCACAACUGAUCAUUUGUUCAAGGUGCUGGGGAUCCAAUUAUAUUAAGUAUUGUUUAUUUUUAAGGGUUGAUAUUUUUAUUCACAAGUUUUUGGUUUGCUGUAAUUUUAUUAUUUGUGUUCAGACUCUUUGCUGUCGGGAUAGGAGGGUUCACAUAGAAAUACACCAAAUGUUUUUUUGUUUUGUGCAAAGAUGAUUAUGAUCAAUGAUAGUAAUAAAACUAUUAAAAUCAA